AUGCCGCUUGAAACGAUAUAUCUUGUUCGCCAUGGGCAUCGUCUCAAUUGGACAAUCGAUUUCCGCACCGGAACAUACAAGGCACAAUUCCCCACGCCAACAGGGAAUCCCGCGGAUCCAGCUUUGACAUCAUAUGGUAUACAGCAGUCACAUGAACUGGCUGCGCAUAUCGGCAACCCAGAGUUCCACCCGAAGCCCUUCAGGGUGUACUCUAGCCCGUUCUAUCGGUGUUUGCAGACAAUUCGGCCUGCCGUUGAAGAAUUGAAAAAGCAGCAAGAUGCAGCUUGUGAGACAGGCCUAGGACAUAUUGACCCGGCAUCAAAUUUUGAUGUUCGAAUUGAGAAUGGUCUUGGUGAAUGGUUUGGUCCAACAACCUUCUUCGAGCAUCCACCCCAUCCAACGCCCGAAACAAUGCAACAGCACUUUCCCUCCAUCAUCCCCUCAAACCCCUCAAAAAACUACACUCCUAACCUUCACCCUUCCCGACGCGGUGAGACGAUUCUCCAGCUCCACAAUCGUGUCGCAACGGCCCUAGAGGGAAUAAUCGCGGACCUUGAUGCCGAGAUCACCGCUUUAGAAGCAGAUACCCCACCCGAGCAACGGACCAGCAAGUCCGUGCUGAUUUGCGCGCAUGCUGCACCGCUUAUUGCGAUGGGCCGUGUAUUGACAGGCCGGAUGCCAGAGGAUACGUCAGAGGAGGACUUCUUUGUAUUCACGUCGGGAUUGAGUACAUUCCGGCGGCGUGGUACCUUGACCGGAAAUAGCCCAGGAUACAGGAGUUCUUCGGACGAUCUAGCCGAAGGGACAGAGCUUUUGCGUGCUAAAGAUGUUCCCGAAUGGAUUGGUCGUGGUGUUGGAGGUGGAUGGGAUUGCUUGAAGAAUGGGGAUUGUAGCUUCUUGAGUGGUGGUGCUGAGCGUGGAUGGCACUUCAGUGGUGAGGAAGGUUUUGAUACUGGCGUUAUGGCGCCGAUCUCGGAGUCACCUGCGACGAAGCUUUGA